UUGUAUUUCAGAAUAACGUUCACCAAACAUGGUAAUAUACUUUUUAAAGAACUUACGGAAUAAAUUUUGUAAUUUAUUUACUCUACUUUGGAUUAUUUCAGAAUCUGACUUGAUUUACACUUCUGAAGUACGUGAAAUGAUAUGGACUCAAGAUGAAACUUACAAUAAUUUAACAUUGUCGACAGGCUUUGUAUGGCAAAAGACUGUUCGUAGUCGUUUAAAAUGUUCGGUCACGUGCACAGACGAUGAACGAUGUGGCGCCUUUUUCUUUUCUGAUGCAGACAAGUCAUGUUUAGCAACUCCGUUCCUACUUAAAACCACUGAAGAAGGUAUUACCGUCAUUGGAACAGAGUAUUACUUUUUUCGACCAGCAAAUUGUCCAGAUGACCAUACUUACAACAGAAAAACCAAUUUAUGUGUAAAAAUGUAUAACGAUAUCUUAAAUUUCGAUGCUGCUAAAUCUAAAUGUGAGUCUAUUGCAAAUGGUGGACUAGUCACAAUUCGGAAUCAAAAUCAGCAUGCUUUCAUCGUACAGGAGCUAAACAAACAGAACCUUAGUGAACAUUUUUAUAUUGACGGUACAGAUAAAGCUGAAGAAGGUAAAUUUAUUGGAAAGGAUGGAAAGGAAAUAACGUAUUUGGACUGGGGUUUUGUCUCUCAAUUGGAUGGUUUGGAGGCCUUUGAAGAUUGCUUAUCCUUAAAUCCGGCUGAAGAUUAUAAAUACGAGGAUACAGACUGUGGCAAGGAACAACGUUAUAUUUGUGAGGUUGUUUCAAAUUGAUUUCUUACAUUACUUACAAAUUGUGCUAAUAUUGUGCAAGUUUUCUGUAAAAGUCGUAACUGUCAUAUAAACAAACGAAUCAUCAUGAAACUGUGGAAUUUUCCACGAAAACAAAAUUGUUUCUGUAUUGAAAAAGUAUUAUGAGAUGAUAUGUAUAGUAUACAGAAUAAAGUGCUACAGUGUG